AUGAAUAAUAUACUGACCACACAAGAUUCAGGGACUGGGAGUUAGGAUAUUUAGAAGAGUUAGAUAUAUUAUUCUCCAUAUCCUAGAAAGAGCCUAUCUUUAAAAAAGAGUAGUUUUAUUAGUGGCUCUUAGCUCAAAAAUAUGAAUUAAUCUGCUAUUUAAUUUACGACUACUAACCCUACUAAUGCUACUAAAGAUAUUUAGCAGAAUGAGAUAGGCCAGCAAAGAAACUUUAAUUUUGAAAAUGCAGAAAAGGUAUUAAAUCGUUGGUAGGAUUUGGGUCUUAUUGAUGGGCCAGAUACAGAAUAAAUGAUGAUGAAAUACCCUGAAUAAGGAACAAUAGAGAUGGUUCGUAAACUAACAGAUAUAAAAAUGGAACAGGAGAUUUGCACCGCUAAGUUUAAUAAUCUCCUAGAUUGA